CGCGCCCGCACGCCCCUCCAAGACCCAAGACGCGCUCCAGCCCAGGGCCCUGCGCUGCUCCGGGUACUUUAAUCAAAAUACUCGAGGCACGGAGCCGGUCCGUCAUAACAAACACACCAACACCCCAGCUCCUUUUCCCCGUGACCCUUUCCACGCCGCCGCCCACAGGCUUAACCAAGCCCAUUGCUCUCCGAAGAGUGCACGCCCGUUUCGCUCGACAAAACGUCAUCUCAUGACGCGCGCAUCGCCAUGUCGCAAGCGAAACAGUCGGCGGCCCCGCCGCGACACCCGCCGAGCUCUGCAUCCAUGGCCGGCAUGACUGCCACCGGCGAUGAUGACACUGGCCUCACCCAGUCGCUGAGCCAGCUCUCCUUGGCUGGCCAGCCAUCGACCGCCAAGUCCCCCAGGAUCACGACGACGCCCGCGCCCCUCAAACUGCCGUCGCGACGCUCCUCCACCACCGCCAUCUCUCCUCGACCAACACUGCCAUCCCGGAGCCCGUCGAAUGGACGCGAAUCCCGAGCGUCGCGCGCAGGCACGCCGCCCCUACACAGAAAGGCGUCGCUGAACUCUCUCCACUCCCUCAACGGCUCUGGCACCACCCGACCCGCCUCGCGCCGCUCCAGCUCCUCGCAGUUCAUUCCUGGACUGAGCAAGACGGGACAAUUAGCUGCCAACGUACCGGAAGAGGAGGAGAGGGAGCCCGUGACGGCAAACUCGGUCGCCAGGGACUACUUCAAGGCUGAGCUCGCCGCUCACCACGGCGAGGCGCGCACGCGGCAGACCGAGACCAUUGUCAUCCUAAACGACGCCGUGUAUGGCCACAGGUUUUCGCGUCCUCGAACCUCUCGCGGUGCCCUGAGCACCAUUGUCGAACGGCCCGAACGAAUCAAGGCUGGAGUGUUGGGCAUAUCCACGGCCUACGUGCGCCUGAGCGGGCGACAUAGCGAGGGAACGCUCCCUAUUGACCCCAAGAGGGACGUGCAUGCCAUACCUAGCAUCCCCUUUCGAAUCCGAAAGACUACGAGGCGUCUACCGCUGGCGUCCCCGGCAGUCACAAACGUGCAUGGCACCAAAUGGAUGGACGAGCUUAAGCUCAUGUGCAACUCGGCCGAGGCCAAGUUGGCCAUGGGUGGCAGGGAGUUGCAGCGACCCGUCAUGUCGAGGGGCGCAGACGAGCCACCUGCCCAGAAGCUCCACGAGGGCGACCUCUAUCUAUGUUCUGAAUCAUUGAAUGCUAUCGAAGGAGCAUUGGGAGCGGUUUGCGAGGCCGUCGACACGGUCUUCACGACGGCUUAUCGGAGGGCCUUCGUAGGAGUGCGGCCGCCGGGGCACCACUGCUCGGCGUCGCAUCCAUCCGGAUUCUGCUGGGUCAACAAUGUUCACGUUGGAAUCAUGCAUGGCGUGCUCACGCAGGGCAUGACACACGCCGCCAUUAUUGACUUUGACCUGCACCACGGGGACGGAUCCCAGUCCAUUACCUGGCAGCACAACACGCGCGCGGUAUCGGCGACUAAGAACGCUUCUCCCUGGAAGAAGACCUCGAUAGGCUACUUUAGCGUCCACGACAUCAAUUCGUAUCCUUGCGAAAUGGGUGAUGAGGAGAAGGUCAAGAACGCCAGCCUCUGCAUCGAUAAUGCACACGGUCAGACAAUCUGGAACGUCCACCUGCAGUCAUGGAAGACGGAGCCUGAUUUUUGGGCAUUGUACGAGUCCAAGUACAUGGUCUUGCUUGACAAGACGCGGAACUAUCUCAGAAACCAGGCCGAGCGCUUGACUGCCUUGGGACAGACUCCAAAGGCGGCCCUUUUCUUCUCCGCCGGCUUUGAUGCCAGCGAGUGGGAGAGUGCCGGGAUGCAGCGCCACCAGGUCAACGUGCCGACCGAGUUCUAUGCCAGGCUGUCUCAGGACGUGGUCAAGCUGGCAGCCGAAGAGGGCUUAUUCGUGGAUGGCAGAGUCAUCAGCGUGCUCGAAGGCGGGUAUAGCGACAGGGCUCUCUCGUCUGGCGUCCUCAGCCAUUUGAGCGGACUGGUAGGCGACCAAACGCCCGAGAACCAUGCACAAGACUCGCCCGGACUCAGCAGCGAAAUGGGCCAGCGAAUUGGCGUCACCCAGGACGAAGAGCAAGGCGCGACGGCCCGGCCUCUCGCGUCGACACAUUUGUACGAUCCCCGUUGGUGGGCUAGCGGUGAGCUGGACAAGCUGGAGCGUCUCACCGAACCUCCAUCGCCGCCUCGCAAACCACGCAACCCGGUGCAGCCUACGUACUCGUCUCCCACCCAGGCGUCGACAGCCAGAGUUGUCGACCCUGUUCGGAUGAGGCGAAGCCUAUCCGGGGUGUCCACAAGGGUCGUCGAGCGUCCGCCGUCGCCCCCUCCCCCGGAAGUCCCUUGGAUUAUCGCGGCUCAGGAGCUCUGCAAGCUGCUUAUACCGUCGGGGCGUCAAACGGACAGCUGCAAGCCGGAAGACUUGAACGCGGAGGCGACUAAGGCUCGUCGGGACCGGCAGUCGAAUUUGAUGGGCCUGCCGCCGCCACCCGACCCUCCCAGUCGGCCUGGAUCGCGAAUGGCUCUGCGUGAGCGCAAGGCUAGGGCCAUUGUGCCGAUCGAUGAAGAAGCCAGCGAGCAGCUUCCCAAGACUCGACGCAGGAACGGUGCCACGCCAGUAGCAUCACCAGAAAAGAAAUCUUCCACUCGCACUACACCGUCACGCCAGAAUGGUGGCCAAACGGCCAGGAGGGCCAGCCGACGCCUUAGUGGGGCGUCGUCCGUGGUCAGCGCGGCAUAUGAGGAACCACCGCCCUUGCCUGGUAGCGAAGAUAGUGCCAGUCGGCCUGCGUCCGCCGUAAGUUCCAGAACUGAGAGCAGCGGAAAGCUUGCCGUGAAGAAGACGCGGCCGGCAGCUGCUCGGAAAGACCCGGCGCCUACAAGAGCUCGGAGCCCAAGGAAGGCUUCGACGCCAGCUCGCAAGAAAGCCCCAGCAUCGGCCAUUCAGACCCCUCAGCGACCCUCAACCGCACCUGGUCCGGCACCCAGCGAUGGGUCGGCGAUGGACAGCCUCACGACGGGCAUGAAGAAGAUCAAGAUCAACUUGAUCACCCAGGCGCAGAAGGAAGCCAAAGAGCGCGCUCGAAUCGAGGCAGCGCAAACGCCAAAGGCCGAUGGGGAAUCAGAGAAUCCGAUACCUAUGGUGAAGAAAUCGUCAACGACUCCCAGCGUCGAGGAGACAUUACCUCAAUUGCCCGCCUUGACGCAGUCGGGUGAUUCCCCCACGCAAGCUCCUGUUCUUGGAUCGUCACUGGCACCAGAGCCGCCGUCGUCUUCCACCGGGCCCCAGACCCCGAUCGAUGAGCCUUACCCGCCGGUUCUGGCGACGCCAGAGCCGCGUCAAGUGCCCCUCCCGGCGAGCAGCCCCGCCGUGGACGACUCGGUGUCGCAGCCGUCAAUGGGCAGCAGCGACUUUUUCAUCUCGUACCAGCCCGAGGGCCCGGCUCCCGUUGCAGUCUCGCAGCAAGAGCCCCUGACAUGGCUGCCGCCGACAACGGGCACGCCAGCCGUUGGCACACCUGCGGCGACGCCGAGUCCCCAGAAGAAGCAGAGCGGGCUGUUUCACUACAAGUCCGGCAUACCUUUUGCGCCACGGCCCGCGACAGGGACUCCGAAGCCUGAGGUAGGCACGUAUAGCGGCAAGAGCGAGGCCUCUAAGCAUUCUUCGGUAUGGGACUAUCCAGAGACGCCCCAGAAAUAGAAGAGGCACGAGGCAAGAUGCGUGGGCGGGCUUUUUUUUGAGCUUGAUUGGCAUUUUGAGAGCAUGAAAUCAUGGAAACAUGAAGACAUGUCUGCAGACGUUGUUGGCGCCUCGGCGUGGGAUGGACGUCUUGCCAUGUAUUUUGCGCGCCGCUUUGGCUGUAUGAUACCCUUGUAAUUGAGCCCCUGUGUAUACUG